ACGCCCGUAUCCUUCACGCCGGUCUUUCAAACAAAGCCAAGGCUAACAUGGUGAAAGAGUUUAACGACCCCAAGAGCUCGUUGAAAAUUCUGAUCAUGAUGUACGAUGUCGGUGCAGCAGGACUCAACCUGCACGAAGCAUGCAACCGCGUAUUCAUUUCAAGCAUCGCAAGAGCGUUUGCACAAGAGGAACAGGUUGGAGGACGCACAAACCGAAUCACCUCAUGUUUCAACACGUUGCUUGAAAGAAGUUUUACCCCUAAUUCUCACGACUUAUUCCGCGCCAGCAUUCAAGCAGACAAAGUCACUGUGCAGUUGGCAUCUAAUGCUCAGGAUCCAAAAAUUCAAGCCUUAAUGGUGGAAGAGCUCAACAAGCUCCAAUCUGAGGUCAAUGAAUGCCACACAAGCGACGAAGGACAAGCCUUAAGAAAGAAGAUCUCCGAGUUCAAGGCUCUCAAGGAGCUUCAAAAGGUGCAAGUCACCGUACAGGAUCAAGGACACCGAUACAACCUUAGAGAGAGGGCCGAGAAGAAGCCUUCGACGUACGACGACGAAUGUGGAAUCUGUGGCGAGGAUAUCGAGGACGGCACAGGCUGUAUUUGUAGCAAAUGCUCCGAACUUGCGCACGCCGAAUGCCAUGGGUUGGACAGCCCUAUUGACGGAGGCUAUUACUGCAGCCACUGUAUUACGAAGGGUAUCUUAGGGGACGUCGAUUCGGCAGCUCUUACGGAAGGGGGCGCCUGGAUCUUGACCACCUCAGAUGAGCUCGAUGAAUACCACGAGGAUAACGAGGCACUGGGCGGACGAACCCGCCAAGAGCAACACUAUGAGGAACAGCUCUACGACGAGCCUGAUCUCCUUCUAGGUGACGACAACGACCUUGCCGAGUGGGUCUCUGAGAACCAGCCUAACGAUGACGAACGUAAGAGUCUAGUGCUUCUAUCGUUACCGGUCGACAAAGUCUGGGCUCCAUCUGACCUCGAGAACGAACACCACUUGCGCAUCGGCCUCUUACUGCUCUUCAACCUCAUUCAGGGGAAGAACGAUCUUUCAAUCAGCCGCUCCAUCCACAUUCAGUACACGCAGCUUACAAAGACUGCUCGUGAUUACAUCAUGAAGCGCCUGGAGACCAACAAAGCAAUGGAAAAGAGACAAAACAAGCUGGCUGGCAAAGUUUGAUGGUUUCUGAUUUGGAAGGAACCGUGAAUUUCGGCAGCUGCGCAUCUACUGUAUCAAGCUUCCGAAGGUGGUGUCAGAUAUUGAGACACUGUCCGGUUGGGGCGGCCCUACAAGGUGUUGUCUUCAAGGAAGUGCGGAGAGAAAGUACUUACAGGAAACUUUGAGAGCAUACAUCUAAUGUACCAAGCUUCCGAAGGUGGUGUCAAAAGGCACUGUCCGGCUGGGGCGGCCCUACAAGGUGUUUCCUGACAAACAUUUACGUAGAGACUGCAAUGAUCACAUAUAAAAAGGAACUGAUACA